AUCCUCUCUUGCUACAAUUUCCGAAUUCCCUGCUCAAUUAGCACGGGCUAUUUAACUUGGGCAUUGAAGAGGUUCACCUCACAAUCGGUGUGCUGCUGUACACGGCAUGACCAUGCGAUCCUCCCUGUGGAUUUUGCUGCUAACGCUUCUCAGCACGCAAGUUUGCGCCAGAGUGACGAACGGAGAUGCAGAGCUACGGUUGCAAUUCCAAAACGCAACCGCACGACACGGAAGAAUAUUGGGAGGAACGGCAGUUUCGGCUGACAACUUUCCUCUGUACAACUACCACGUGCUCGUGAAGGGCACAGGCGCGUCUGGCAUUGCUGAAACAUUCUGCGGUGGCGCUUUAUUGACUAAAAAUUAUGUUAUUACCGCUGCUCAUUGCGUCGCGUCGGGUGGAAGUGCGAGUGUUUACGUUGGAAAGCAAGAGGAUCCGAUGACAGGCAACCCGUUUCAAGGCGUGCCAAUCAUUCAUCCCGGCUUCAAAUAUAAUUAUGUGGUUAACAACAUCGCGCUGAUCAGGUUGAUCAAAGCGGUCACCAUUAGUGGAACUGUUGGGACCAUUCGGCUCUCAAGUGUCCAUCCCAGUACCUUGAACAAUAUCGUGGUUAAGACCAUGGGAUUUGGUCCUGCUGAUGAAACCACCGUUCUGCCCACGCCACCAGUAUUGAACGUAAUCGAAAUGACGCAUUUGUAUGGGCCCACAUGCAAGUCGGACACAAUAGAUGUUUAUGUGGACUACCCUCCUGAAACUGGAUGUUUGAGCACUGAAAGUGGAGCCAAAGGCGUUUGCUUUGGAGACGGCGGUGGACCUGUGGUUUACCCGAGCGCAACCGACAACAGUCCGAAAUUGUUAGCAAUCAACUCGCAAUAUUUGGCCUGCUCCAGCCAAUAUCCCAGCUCUAUCACCUACAUUUUCCCCUUCAUUGGCUGGAUUCAAACCACGGUCAGGCUGGUGCUUACUUAAUAUGUUUGUGUGGAAACAAAAAUAAUAAAAAGAUUAAUUUUUAUAAUAUUUAUUCUUGGUAUUUAAAUAAAAUAUGGUAUUGGCUUCAAACAAAUAA